GGUCUAGCCUCUUUCAGAAGCGGCUCCGGCGGCCGCAUCCCCGGCGUCUCCCGCGCGAGCGGAGCUGCAGCCAUGGCCGUCGCCGCUGAGGGCGCCCGCAGGAAGGAGCGCGUCCUCUGCCUGUUUGACGUGGACGGGACCCUCACGCCGGCUCGCCAGAAAAUUGACCCUGAGGUGGCUGCCUUCCUGCAGAAGCUGCGAAGUAGGGUGCAGAUCGGUGUGGUGGGCGGCUCCGACUACUCUAAGAUUGCUGAGCAGCUGGGAGAGGGGGAUGAAGUCAUCGAGAAGUUUGAUUAUGUGUUUGCUGAGAAUGGGACAGUGCAGUAUAAGCAUGGACGACUGCUCUCCAAGCAGACCAUCCAGAACCACUUGGGGGAGGAGCUGCUGCAGGACUUGAUCAACUUCUGCCUCCGCUACAUGGCUCUGCUCAGACUGCCCAAGAAGCGUGGAACCUUCAUCGAGUUCCGGAAUGGCAUGCUGAACAUCUCACCCAUCGGCCGGAGCUGUACCCUGGAGGAGCGAAUCGAGUUCUCCGAACUAGACAAGAAGGAGAAGAUUCGCGAGAAGUUUGUGGAAGCCCUGAAAACAGAGUUUGCUGGCAAAGGGCUGAGGUUCUCUCGAGGAGGCAUGAUCAGCUUUGACGUCUUCCCCGAGGGCUGGGACAAGCGCUACUGUCUGGACAGCCUGGACCAGGACAGCUUCGACACCAUUCACUUCUUUGGGAACGAGACCAGCCCUGGUGGGAAUGACUUUGAGAUCUACGCUGACCCCCGGACCGUUGGCCACAGUGUGGUGUCCCCACAGGAUACAGUACAGCGAUGCCGUGAAAUUUUUUUCCCAGAGACAGCCCAUGAGGCGUGAACAGGGCCCAUGCCUGCUCUUAGGGACUGCUCCUAGGGAUUUCUUGAGAGCUCCACCCAGGCCUAAAGAGAGCCCCUGACCCUGGUGUUGGGUGGGGUGCCAGGGCCCCUCCUCUGGCUCAGGAUGCCUGCCUCAUUACCUACCGCAAGGCCCACCUCGAUGGGGCCAGGGUCCGCGUGGAUAACCGUCCCCAGCCGGUCAGCGCCCAGCGGGACCAGCUCCGCCCUCCAACCCGACAGCCCUGGCUACAGCUGCUGCUUGUACUUGUAAACAGAACAGAUUUCUGUCUAUGCCGGGAGUAGGCAUGUGCUUGUGUUCGUACGAGAUAGAGCCCACCCUGCUUAUCUGUCCCAGGCAGGGUGCAGAGCACUGGGGAAGGUGUGUAUUUGCCAGAACUUUAUCUCACAAAUAUUAAAGUUCCUGGAACAAGG